AUGCCGACCUCACCAAUCAUCUCCAGUUCUUCUCGAGGUAUCGGACUCGAGCUCACGAAACAGUUGCUCCGUUCGGCUGCGAACGUCGUCAUUGCGACAUGUAGAGACCCGGAAAAUAUGCCAAAGCUCGAGGGACCCGGGACCUUACAUGUCGUCCAGCUCGAUGUCUCGGAGGAAGGGUCUAUCCGGGCGUCGAUUCCAGUGGUCAGCAGCAUCCUCGGGGAUAGAGGCUUGGACUACUUGUACAACAACGCAGCCGUGACCGAGGGCAAUGAUUCCGCCUUCGAUCACUCCUCUCCUGGAUUCAUGAGGACGCUCAUAGCGAACGUUGUCGGCCCCGCAUUGAUAGCGCAGCUGUAUCUGCCUUUCAUCGAGAAGAGCAGGCGCAAGGUAAUCGUGAAUGUGACCAGCAGCCUCGCGAGUAUAGGCCUCGAUAUUGGUCCCAAGUCCGCGACGUACAGCAUCAGCAAGACCGCCCUGAAUAUGUUGGUGCGUCGUCGUCUCUUCAUCGUCCAGGCAGAGUUGACCUUCGUCCAGACGUACAAGCAGGCAAGAGCCAGGCCGGACAUUAUCGCUUUUGUUCUCGACCCGGGAUGGGUCAAGACCAAGAUGGGUGGUCCUGGCGCGCUGCUUGAGCCCUACGAGAGUGUCUCCGGAAUUAUUAAGACUGUUACUUCAGCUACGUCUGCAAGCUCCGGCAAGUUUUAUCGAUACAACGGUCAAGAGGUCGUAUGGUAA